GGGAGGCGAGGCAAGAUGGCGGCCUCCUUGUGGCGGGGCGGCGGCGGGGCGCUGAGGCGGCUGCUGGCCGGGAGGCCGCUGCUGGGCGCCGCCGCCGCCCGCGGGGGCUGGAGGCCGCUGCACGGCUCUCGGCAGGCGCUAGGUACGCCUGCAAUUAAGGUCCUCAUGCCUGCCCUUUCUCCUACAAUGGAAGAAGGAAACAUUGUGAAAUGGUUAAAAAAGGAAGGUGAAACAGUGAAUGCUGGAGAUGCAUUGUGUGAAAUUGAAACAGACAAAGCGGUGGUUACCAUGGAAUCGAGUGAUGAUGGCGUAUUGGCAAAAAUACUGGUGGAAGAAGGAAGCAAAAAUGUACGCUUGGGCUCGCUAAUUGGUCUGCUGGUAGAAGAAGGACAGGACUGGAAGCAGGUUGAAAUACCAGCUGAUGCUAGCGAUCCAUCUUCUCUGGCUCCACCAGCAGCUGCACCUACUUCAACUCCUGCAAGUCCUUCAGUUUCAGCCCCUCCUCCUAAACUGGAACAUCUACCUGGAAAAUUGCAGGUUCGCUUAAGUCCUGCGGCUCGCAACAUUCUGGAGACACAUGGACUAGAUCCAAGCAAUGUUACACCUUCUGGGCCUCGAGGAAUCUUCACUAAAGAGGAUGCUCUCAAACUUCUGCAAGAGAAGCAGAAGGACAAACCCAGUGAAUUGAAACCUAUGGUUUCUCCAGCUCCUCCCCAGCCUAGUGCAGUGCCUUCUGCUUCGCCAGCAACAGCUGUGACUUCUGCUUAUCCAAGGCCAGCAGUUCCACCACUUUCCACACCAGGACAACCAGCUGCACCGGGCACAUUCACAGAAAUCCCAGCUAGCAACAUCCGAAGAGUUAUUGCUAAGAGAUUAACGGAGUCUAAAACUACUAUACCUCAUGCAUAUGCUGCUGCUGACUGUGACAUUGAUGCUAUUUUGAAAUUAAGAACUGAAUUGGCCAAAGAUGACAUUAAAGUGUCUGUAAAUGAUUUUAUUAUCAAGGCGACAGCAGUUACUCUGAAGCAAAUGCCAGAUGUGAACGCAACCUGGGAUGGAGAAGGCUGCAGGCAGCUGCAGUCCAUUGACAUUUCUAUUGCUGUGGCAACAGACCGAGGUCUCAUUACACCGAUCAUAAAAGAUGUUGCUGCCAAGGGAAUACAGGAAAUUGCUGCCUCUGCAAAGGCUCUAGCAAAGAAAGCAAGAGAUGGAAAGCUGCUACCUGAAGAGUACCAGGGAGGAUCUUUUAGUAUCUCCAAUCUGGGCAUGUUUGGCAUCAACGAUUUCACUGCAGUCAUAAACCCUCCACAGGCCUGCAUCCUAGCUGUGGGUCGAGCAAGACCAGAGCUCAAGGUUGUGGAAGAUGAAGAAGGGAAUGAGAAGCUUAAGCAGCAUCAACUCAUGACAGUGACUCUUUCAAGUGAUGGUCGUGUGGUAGAUGAUGAACUGGCUUCAAAGUUUCUGGAGACCUUGAAAGCAAACCUUGAGAAUCCAAUACGACUUGCCUUGUGUUAAACUCGGUGAAGAUUGCUUCCUGUUUUGACAACACAGAGAGCUCUGUUACAGAAAAACACCCCCAAGUACAUUACGGGGGAGUAAAUAGUGUGAGAUAGACAGUUAAAAUAUUUAAUUUAUUGAAUUAAUAUGAAAAACUGUUAAUUUUCAUGCUUUUAGUCAUUUCCAAUGAUCAGGUUUUAUAUUGUAAAGCUAAAAGACUUCAAAGUUAACAUACCACAUUUCUUUAAACAUUUAGUACUAAUAGGGCAUAAUGUUUGCAUAGAAAAGUCAAUCUCUGUAAAAGAAAGCUUAAGAAAAAUUAACAAAACUUAAAAGGGAGUGAGGUGCUUCAUUUAAGGGCUAAAUAUCUAGCUUUUAUAGCGAGGUAAGUAAGAGUUAGAAUUGAGCAAUUUGCUGCUAUGACUCCUGAUCAAUACUGAGGUUGUGGAGUAGCUAAUUUGUAUUGCUGCAGUAGUUUUUCAGUUUGAAAAAUACUUGUCUGGCAUGUUGCACCAUUCAAAUAAGAUUGAAGUAAGGUUCAUAAGCUUUUGACAGAAAUUUCAGUGGAUUUCUUCAUAAGAGCAAAAAAGUUAUGAACCAAAAAAAGUUUGGGUUUGGUUUCAUUCUUUACUACAAGCUGCACUGAGGGAAAAAUAUGAGAGACUAAAUUAGAUCAGAAAAAAAAUAAUUUUCAAAAUAUGAAAUAAUUCUGAUAGAAUCCACAGCUGAUCUCAUUAAAGCACACUUAAAGUGUAGCUGUAUGUAUUUUUUUUCAGUAUUUUAAGACUACUGCUUCUCAUACAUUGAUAUAAGUGCAGAGAUGACAAUGAACUUAUCAGAAUAAAUGUAUUCUCUGGAAAUGAUGAAAUCUCAGCUUCAUUGAUUUCAGUUUUUGGUGUUACCAAUAUCUGGGGAAAACAGCAACAAUUAAUUAGUAACAGGUUUUCUUUGGCUUAAUUUGAAAAAAAAAUAAUUAUUGCCUUUAAAGUUGCCCCAACUCAAAUUUCUUCUUCAGUACCACAAAAUAUGAAAAAUACUGUUUUCAGGUGUUCUGUGAUACGCUGUGGUUAGCUUAAAAAACAAGUUAUUUGUGCCAGCAAUAUUAUGAUGAAAAACCGGCGUUGAUCUUGUAAUCUCACGGAGGUUGCAGUAUGAAAGGUCAAAUUUUGGACGCUGAAAAUUUGCUCAUUAAUGUUGUUCUUUGAAUGGAUAGAUUAAAGAUGUAAAUACAAAGUGUUUCGUCAUUUGUUGUAUAUUGAGUUGUAACUUGGAGUCAUAAAUACAGUGGCCUGAAGUUUAAAUGAACAGAAAUUGAUUGUUCUUUCUUCCUGUAUAUGAAUAUGGAACCAUGAGUUUGAAUGAAUGCAUGUGAGUACGGAACCAUCUAAAGUAUGAAUUUGUAAUGAAACAAUUGUGUUUACAGGACCUGGUGAAAAUAUAAAUUCAGUUAAAUUCUGUGA